GAACACAAAAUGCCGUCAGAGUCCAAACCUUUGUUGACAGCUCAAACAGAAAAGCCAAAUCAUUACUCAUAUUUGAAAGAAUUUCGAGUCGAGCAAUGCCCGCUCUUCUUACAACACAAAUGUACACAGCAUCGACCAUUCACCUGUUUUCAUUGGCAUUUCAUGAAUCAAAGACGACGACGACCAGUACGUCGCAGAGAUGGGACAUUUAAUUAUAGUGCCGAUAAUUAUUGCACAAAAUACGACGAAACUACUGGGAUAUGCCCCGAUGGAGACGAUUGUCCUUAUUUACAUAGAACGGCGGGUGAUACAGAAAGGCGAUAUCAUCUUAGGUAUUAUAAAACGUGUAUGUGCGUUCACGACACAGAUUCUCGGGGGUAUUGCGUAAAAAAUGGUUUACAUUGCGCUUUCGCUCAUGGUAGUCACGAUCAUCGUCCUCCCGUUUACGAUAUAAAAGAAAUACAAGCUCUAGAAGCUGCCGAAGCGGAAGGUAGCGGAUCCUCGAACGGUCCAAACGCUUUGGACAAGGAAAGAAAUUUAAUGAACGAAGAUCCUAAAUGGCAAGAUACGAAUUUUGUUUUAUCAAAUUACAAAACAGAACCUUGUAAAAGGCCGCCUAGAUUAUGCAGACAAGGUUAUGCUUGUCCCCAAUAUCAUAAUAGUAAAGAUAAAAGGAGGAGCCCUCGGAAAUUUAAAUAUAGAUCGACGCCUUGUCCUAAUGUAAAACACGGAGAAGAAUGGGGGGAACCGGGUAAUUGUGAUGCGGGUGAUUUAUGUUCGUAUUGCCAUACUAGGACUGAACAACAAUUCCACCCGGAAAUUUACAAGAGUACAAAGUGUAACGACGUUCAACAAUCUGGUUACUGCCCUCGAGGGGUUUUCUGCGCUUUCGCGCAUGUAGAACAGGAAUUGGGGGUUUCGAGGGAAACUGGAGAAAGUGGUACAAAUCUAGCGGAUAUAUUAUCGAAUGUGCUUCCGCAGAGUGGCGUCGAGUUGAAAUUAAAAGAGAAAAGCAGUGAUAGUUCUAACGGUUGUAGCGAAGUAAGCGAAUCGUCUUCGACUUCUUCGGAAAUAGGGAAUUCGAUAAGCAAUUUAAAUAGUAGUUUAAUAAACUCUAAUGUAACUAGCACGACGAAUAAAGCUCCGGGAUCUCAACUUACCCACAAACCGGUGCCGUUCCAGGGUAGGCCGACGAUGGGGUUGGAAUUAACUAAUAAAUUGUUGGCUAUCGAGAAAGAUCCGACGUUGGAUGCUAUAGAAAGGGAACAGAGGAAGCAGACUUUGUGUUUCGCUUAUACUAGUUUAGGGAGUUCGUUUUUUGGUAGAGGAAACGAAACUGUAGAGAGCGUAGUAGGUAACGCAUUAGAAGAACUAAAUUUAGAAGAUUCGUUAAAUUUAUCGGGAGCCUUGGACAGGGAUCUGGACGCCGAUUCGCCGACAGUUUCGAACUCGAUAUCAGUGGGAUUGGCAUCUUCGGCCGGUCUAUUGGGCAGUUCGGCACCCGUCAACAUUCCCGGAUCGACGCGAUCCGCUCUCGGCGGUUUCAGUCCGCAAGGCAACAGUCCCAUGCAACCGUUUCUAUCUGCUACCAGAUUCUCUCAAUCGGACAUCGAUUUUUUGAAUCAUUCUCAGAUCAGUUCGAGCGCCUCGAAAAUCAACAACUAUCAGAGUUUCUUCGAUUUCCAAUCGCAAACUAGUAUAUCGCCCAAUUCGAGGAAUCACAACAAUUUCAGCAGCAUGUCGCCGAGUAUCAACAGCAAUUUGGAGGUGGUCAGGUUGAGGGAAGAAUUGGGUAGCUAUAGGUUGCAGUUGAGUAAUUGGGAGGAUCGUUUUCAACAGGCGAGGACGGCGUGCGACGCUUGGCAAAGGGAGGCCGAAGAGGCUAAUAGGAAGGCCCAACAGGCCGAAAGUAAAUUCGGCGAAACUUUGACGCAAUAUAAUAACGUUAAACACGAAUUGGAACAGUUACAAGGCGGACCUCACAUUAGAAGUAUAACAAAGGUAUCGGAAUUGAGUAAAUUAUCGCUCGGCGUGUUGAAAAGUCUUCACGCCCAACUCCGACAAGAUCUAGAAGAAAUAGAGAAAGUUUUAUAUAGAGAAACCGCCUCGAAAUGCAUGGUAUGCGAAGAACGUAAUAGGACGGUAACGUUGAGUUGUAAUCAUUUCGUAUUGUGCGACACGUGUUCUAGCACCCAAACCGAAUGCCCCUAUUGUCAAACGCCAAUUAAUCUCAACAAUAUGUGAAGACGGGGUAAUUAGGCUUGCAAAAAGGGGCCGCCCCCGCUCUCCUUUUCUCCCCAUCCCCCCCUCCUAAUAACCUCCCCCUCACCACCCCUACCUCCAAGGGGGAACGGAGCGUCGGGACGGCCGAGAUUUUUUUCGUUCUUUUUGCAAUUUAACAAAUUUUUUAAAUUUUACGAUAAUUUUGUCUAAAAUAGGUUUAUUCGACGAUUUAUUAUUAUUUUUUUUUUGUUUUCAUUUCUCUCUCUCUCUCUCUCCAUUAUUAUUAUUAUUUGAUAAUUGUAAGUCUGGGCGUGAUUUUUUUUCUCUUUUUUUGUUUUUUCCAAUUUUAAAUGGUUCGUGAAAAUGUGUUUGUGCAUCACUUUGUACGUAAGUUGUUCGUUCGGCUAAAAUGUAUUUUUUAAAAUAAAAAUGAAGAAUUAUUAUGUAUAUGUGAGCGGUGUGUGCUGAGGCGGAAAAAAUUUAUUUAAUUACACGAUUAAUCGAUUUUUUUUUUCAAUUUUCAAUUUCGUUUUUGAUUGAAAUUUUUAAAUAUUUCCAUUUUUUCGGAAAAAAAUUAUAAUGAUGAUUAAACAUCCCGUAUAUCGAUAAAUAUCGAAAAGAAAAUGGUUUAUUCGCGAUUUUUUCGUCAUUUUUCCUUCGAAAUUUUCGAUUAUUUUGUUUAAAACACCCUGUAUAUUGUUAUAUAUCGAAAAAAUCGAUUUUUUGUCAUUUUACGAUCGAUAUUCUAAAAUAUUUUGUUUAAACGCCCUGUAUAUCGUUAAUAUCCAUAAAUUUCAUUUUUUGGUCAUUUUCGAUGGAAAUUUUCAAAUAUAUCUUCAAAUAUAGAAAAAAAAUAUUAUCAUCGCGAUUUUCUCGUCAUUGUUCCUUCGAAAUUUUCGAUUAUUUUGUUUAAAGACCCUCGUAUAUCGAUAAAUAUCAAAAAGUCUCAUUUUUUGUUCAAAAUUUUGAAAUAUUUCGAUUUGUUUUUAGAAAAAAAUAUAGUAAUUAUUAAACACCGUGUAUAUCGUUAUAUAUCGAAAAAAAAAAUAUAUUUUCAUCGCGAUUUUUUCGUAAUUUUUCCUUCGAAAUGUUCGAUUAUUUUGUUUAAAACACCCUGUAUAUCGUUAAAUAUCAAGAGUUUUAACUCACCUUGUAUAUAUAUACAUAAUAUAUAAAUGUAAUUUUAAUAGUAAAUCCUAUAAAAUAAAAAUAAUGAAAAAUUUACAUAUACAGGGUAUAUGUCUGCCUUUUAUCUUUUUUUUUUUCAAAGAAAAAUAAUUUUUGGAUUUAAAAUUUUUCAAAAUUAUUUAAUGCCAUAACGAUAAUAUCGUGUAGUUAAAUAACUGUUUUAAUUAAAAAGCAUUUCAAUAGACUUUUUUAUGUUUCUUUUUUUUUUAAUUUUGAUAUACUCUAUCCCCACUCCUAUUUUAUUUAGAUCCAUAUUAAAGUUUUGACGUCGAUCAGAAAGAUUUUCAUUCGAAAUUUUUUGAUUUAUAAUAAUAAUAAUAAAAAAUGAAAACAGUAUUUUUAUGAAACAACAAAGGAAAAUAUAAAAAUUAUUAUUGGUAUGAGUUUAAAAAAAAUAAAAAUAAAAUUAAUUUGACGAUAUUUUUAAUAGAUAUAGAUUCUUUUUUAUUUAAUACAAAAAUGUAUUAAUUUCUCAUAAAUAAUAAAUGUUAUUAUUAGUAAUAACUAUUAUUUAUUUUUUUACCCCCCUUUAAUAUUUGAUAUAUUCCAUUAAAUCACUUUAUUCGCGUGAAAACGCGAAUUUAUAAAAAUUUUAAAAUUGAUAUGCCCAAAUAAAAAUCGGUCCAUUCUACCAAAAAAAAUAUUAAAAAAAUCAAAAUUGGACUUCAAUACGGUUUAUUCCACCAAAAGAUAGUAAAAACAGUUGUAAUAUAGUUAAUUCCACCAAACACUAGUGUCCCAAAAACUACACGUAUUUCCAAAUUUAAUUUUAAACAUCGUGUUUUUUAACGUAAUUUACUGAAUUUUUUUUGUUUUUUUGUGAAUAUACUUUUUUUAAAUUUUUAUUUUUUAGUGAAAAAAAUUUUAAUAUGGACUUUUAAUUACUUGGAAUAUUAUCGAUUCAAUAAUUGCUGCAGUCCCCCACAUAUCAGAAUUUAUUUUUACGUUAAAUAAAAAAAAUGAAUAUAUAUUUAUUGUUUUUCUUUUUUUUUAUUUUAAUUUUUAUUAUUUUGUGAAAGUUUUCGAAAAUUUUAUGCAGCAUAUUUACUUACGUUCAAAAUAUUUAUAUUUUUUUAUUGUAUCAGACUGAUAUUGACAUAUUUUUUUUAGUGAUGUUAAUGUUUAGGUGACACGUAAAAAAAAGAUUUAAAACAACUAAAGCCUAGCUUAUUUUCGUACUAUGUAUAUGAUUAUAAUUUAUAAAAUCGAAUGAUAUUAAAGUAUGAAACAAAAA